ACUACACUUCCCAUAAUGCUCAGCGGUCGACAAGGCGCCCAGAAGUUCUUGACUACAAUUCCCACAAUCCCAAGAGCCCGUCACCUCGACGCGGUUUUCCGGGCGAGGGGGGGAACCGCCCCCUUUCCCAUCUUCCCUUUCGGCUCGUGCGCUCCGAGCAGGAACAAGGUCGUUGAGACUCGGGUUUCGGUCGGGCCUCCGCCAUUUGUCUUUCUUUGGGUCUCUGCGUUGUUUCGCAGAGCUUCUGACAGCGCUAUGCUGGGGCAGAGCAUCCGGAGGUUCACGACCUCUGUGGUCCGUAGGAGCCACUAUGAGGAGGGCCCAGGGAAGAAUUUGCCCUUUUCCGUGGAAAACAAAUGGCGGCUGUUAGUUAUGAUGACUCUUUACUUGGGAUCCGGAUUUGCUGCACCUUUCUUCAUAGUGAGACACCAGCUGCUUAAGAAAUGAGGACUCGGCUCAUCUGUGAAGCAGAUAUGAAGAGGAACAUUUCAAGAAAUCUUGUCUCUAAAAAAAACUGAACUCAACAUAUUAAAAGUAUUUGUAAAUAAAAUGAUAUGAACCCUCUGCCUCUGAAAUA